CAGGUUUUUAUUUUUUUAUUUUUUAUAGCCUGCCGCCGCCUGCGUCCGAACAACGCUCUUGAGUGUAUAAGCUUGCGAAGUUCACUCUACUCGUCGUUUCUCCAAACAGUGUGAGUGUGGUGUUCCAGAUGGUUCUAAGUGAGAUCACCGACCUUAGCACCAGCAGACCGGCGAUGAUCUCACCGGAAGAGGCUCUCGAGAUUGUAUUGCGAGUAGCCCAGCGUCUGCCACCUGUUACGGUGCCCCUCCACGAAGCUCUUGGCAUGGUUUUGGCGGAGGAUAUUCGUGCGCCCGACCCUUUGCCUCCUUACCGGGCUUCAGUCAAGGAUGGUUAUGCGGUCGUUGCUUCCGAUGGCCCCGGUGAAUACCCUGUGAUUACUGAAUCAAGAGCCGGAAACGAUGGAUUAGGCGUCACUGUCAUUCCUGGGACUAUUGCAUAUGUAACCACUGGAGGACCAAUACCUGAUGGUGCUGAUGCAGUUGUUCAAGUUGAGGAUACCAAACUAAUUAAAGAUGCUUUAGCUGAAUUAAAACGAGUACAAAUAUUGGUGCAGGCUCGGAAAGGCCUUGAUAUACGACCAGUGGGGUGUGACAUUGAGAAAGACGCUACAGUUUUAAAAUCUGGAGAAAGAGUUGGUGCUACUGAAAUCGGCCUACUUGCUACUAUGGGUGUACUGAUGGUGAAGGUCUAUCCUAAACCAACAAUUGCUGUGCUUUCUACGGGAGAUGAGCUCGUGGAGCCAGCAACUACACAUCUAAGUCAUGGGCAGAUCAGAGACUCAAACCGUGCAAUGAUAAUUGCAGCAGCGGUGCAUCAGCAAUGCAGAGUUCUUGAUCUUGGUAUUGCUAAAGAUGAUCAAGAAGAUCUCGAGAGGAUCCUGGAAAGGGCCUUUUCUUCUAGUAUCGACAUUCUUCUGACAUCUGGAGGUGUUUCCGUGGGGGACAAGGAUUUUGUCAAGCCAUUGCUUGAAAAAAGAGGAACUGUACAUUUUGACAAGGUUCGAAUGAAACCAGGGAAACCUUUGACAUUUGUAGAUGCGACCAUAAAAUCGGCAGAUGAUAUUGUGGUAAAGAAGAUUCUUGCAUUUGGACUACCUGGAAAUCCAGUCAGUAGUCUAGUUGGUUUCCAUCUCUUUGUAGUCCCUGCUAUCCGUUGUCUUUCUGGAUGGGCUAACCCUAAUCUCUCAAGAGUACAGGCUCGCCUUUUGCAGUCUAUUAAGACAGAUCCAAAUCGAACGGAAUUUCAUCGUGCUAUCAUUAGAUGGAAGGUCAAUGAUGGAUCAAGCAGUUCUGGGUUUGUUGCUGAGAGUACUGGUCAUCAAAUGAGCAGUCGGCUUUUGAGUAUGAAGUCAGCUAAUGCCUUGUUGGAAUUGCCGGCAACGGGUAGUGUAAUUCCUGCGGGAACUUUAGUCUCUGCCAUUGUACUCUCUGAUUUAAGUUACGCUGCUAUAAAUGACAGUGACAUAGCAUUGCAUUUAACUUCUGCUCAGCCAGAAAGUAAAUUUGAGCAUGCUGAUGCAAAUAAAAUAGCUGCUGAGUUCAGAGUUGCUGUUUUGACAGUAAGUGAUACUGUUGCAUCCGGGGCUGGCCCUGAUAGGAGUGGUCCUCGGGCAGUUUCGGUAAUAAAUUUCGCAUCAGAGAAGUUAGGCGGAGCAAGGGUAGUUAAAACAACAGUGGUCCCAGAUAAUGUGAGCGAAAUCAAGGAUGUGCUGCAGAGAUGGAGUGAUAUUGAUAAGAUUGAUCUCAUCGUUACCCUUGGUGGCACUGGCUUCACUCCAAGAGAUGUGACUCCUGAAGCAACUAAAGAGUUAAUAGAGAGAGAAACUCCUGGUCUUUUGUUCGUCAUGAUGCAAGAGAGCUUAAAGGUAACUCCAUCUGCUAUGUUAUCACGCUCUGCAGCAGGAAUAAGAGGUUCAACUCUGAUCAUAAACAUGCCUGGUAAUCCUAAUGCGGUUGCUGAAUGCAUUGAGGCUUUGAUGCCUGCUCUUAAGCAUGCAUUGAAGCAGAUAAAAGGAGACAAAAGAGAGAAACAUCCUCGUCACAUUCCUCAUGCCGAGGCGGCACCUACAGAUACAUGGGAGAGCAGUUAUAAGUUGGCAGCUGCUAGUGGCAUUGAAUCUAGUUGUUCUUCUUCCCAUUAAGAUAUUCCAGGCAUGCACAUUCUGCCUGAUUACAAUUUUUCUCGUUAAUCGACAAUUAUCUAGCUAAUACCAUUGCAGCAGUUGUGGUAGAAACAUGUCGGGUCACUAAUGUACUUGGUAUGGAGCUGUACCCUAGUAGACUUCUUGUAGCUUUUUAUACAAAGAUGUAAUCAUAUAACGUUUCACAAUACUUUAUUUAAUAAAGUCUAUUGACAGUAAUAUCAUUU